UGUCCUUUAAAAGGAUUAUGAGAAAGGUAGCAAAGAGGUCAGUGAGAUCAUUGAUAAGGUUGGUAGGUUUCACCUAAUCCGCCAAGUUGCCACAAACUGAGGGACACAGGUAUAAAACGACAUGAAGGGCAGCACAGAGGCACAAUGAAAAGGGCAACUUUCUUUCAGCAUGGUAACUAAUGCAACCACGAUGGGCUCAAUGAAAUCCACUGGACUUUCUGUUCUUCUGUUGUCUUUUCUUUUUUACAUAGCUGAUGCUUACCCCAACAUUGACUUAAACAUGGGCUGUGAGGAGUGCAAACUAGGAAUGAACAAUCUUUUCUCGAGGGAUCGUCCGGUCUACCAGUGCAUGGGCUGCUGUUUCUCCAGAGCGUACCCAACACCUCUCACGGCCAUGACGAAAAUGGAGAUCCCAAAGAACAUCACCUCAGAGGCAACAUGCUGUGUCGCAAAGGACUACUAUGAGGUAGAGGUGUACGGCAUAAGGGUGAGAAACCACACAGACUGCCACUGCAGCACCUGCUACUACCAUAAGAUAUGAACAUGCUCGAAAGUGGAGACAAUUCUGCAGCGCUCGGCUUGGCAACA